GACGGCACUUGAAUGCGGCAGCGUCCGGUGCCUCGCGUCCAGCGGUAGGUGGCGCUCGUGGCCCUCGGCUGCACUGACAGCAGACAGCUGAGUCACAGACCGCGUUCAGGAGGCUCGCUCGCAUCAACGCCAGGUAAACAGCGAGGGAAGGAGCCCGCGGAGCCCGAGGACUCGACCCGACAGCGAGCGAACUUUGUGGCCGCAGCCGCCCUGGAACCAUGCUGACGAUAACACUGAAGACCCUCCAGCAGCAGACGUUCAAGAUAGAGGUAGAGGCAGAAGUGACGGUGAAAACCCUGAAGGAGAAAAUAGAGGAGGACAGAGGGAAAGAUGCAUUUCCUGCUGCAGGACAGAAACUCAUCUAUGCAGGCAAAAUCUUAAAUGAUGACACCCCGUUGAAGGAGUACAAAAUCGACGAGAAAAACUUUGUGGUGGUCAUGGUUACCAAGCCUAAACCAGCCCUUCCUCCACAAACAGCUCCUCAGCCAACUCCUCAACCAGCUGCAGCCUCAGCCUCAGCACCGACCUCAGCCUCAGCACCAGCCUCUGGUCCUGCACAAGAACCCUCCACACCGACACACACAGUGUCUGCGCCCACACCUGCCCCACAGUCAGUGCCUCCUUCUGAAUCCCCAUCUUCAUCCCCUGUCCCAGAAAACACAGAAUCGACUCCUGCUGAAGCAUCAGCAGCUCUGGACUCAAAUGUAAUCCCAGAAUCAGCUCCUGACUUGACUCCAGCAGUCACUCCUCCAGCCUCUGCCCCGGCUUCAGCCCCUGAAACUGAUCAAACAGCCGUGGCCACUGCAGACCCCCCCACUCCUGCUACGCAGCUAGAUGACAGUCCAAGUGAAAACCCUGAGAAUCAACCAUCCGUCACGGCACCAGUGCGCACUUCGGUUUCCAGCCUUGUUGAUGAACUAGGACUCCUUGAGGAAGCAGCAUCAAUACUGGUGACAGGUCCAGCCUAUGAGAACCUGGUGUCAGAGAUCAUGUCUAUGGGUUAUGAGCGGGAGCAGGUAGUUAAUGCACUCAGAGCCAGUUACAACAACCCAGACAGAGCAGUGGAGUAUCUACUGAUGGGUAUUCCAGUGGAGACCAGUGAUCUGCCACUUCAAGAGGUAGUUAGACACAGUGCUUCAUCAAACUCCCCAAACCCUACCACAGAGGCACCGCAGCAACCACCAGUCACCUCUAACAUAAGCAGCUCAGGGCCAGUGUCUACCAGUCAGCCUCCCUCUGCUGGUGGAGGUUCUGUCCCCACAGCAAACCCUCUGGAGUUCCUAAGGAACCAACCACAGUUCCAGCAGAUGAGACAAAUCAUCCAGCAGAACCCGGCCCUCUUGCCAGCCCUGCUGCAGCAGCUGGGCAGAGACAACCCACAGCUGCUGCAGCAAAUCACACAGCACCAGGAGCGUUUUGUACAGAUGCUGAAUGAGCCACGAGGUGGAGACACGGGAGACGAGGGCGCAGAGGCCCAGGGAUUACCACAAACAAACUACAUCCAGGUCACCGCACAGGAGAAAGAGGCCAUUGAGAGGUUAAAAGCGCUGGGCUUCUCUGAAGGCUUAGUCAUCCAGGCGUACUUCGCAUGUGAGAAGAAUGAGAAUCUGGCUGCUAACUUCCUGCUCCAGCAAACAUGGGACGAUGAGUAAGCAGACAACACCUGACACAUCACCUGGACAGAGGGUUUUGGGAGUGGAUGACAGUGCAAUGCAAAAUCCACUGGGGCUGGACAGGGACGUGGGGAGGAAGACAACAUUUCUUUUCACGCCAUUGUGACUAUGGUUUGAUAAAGAUGGUGACGAUAACGACAACGAUAUGCUGUUCAAAGUUCGCUGUGCUGCCUGCUCUCCAUACUGCUGUGAUGAUCAUCAAAGGAGCUCCCACUGAGCUGUACCUCACUGCUGCUACAUUAUUACUGCUGCUGCUUGAGCUGAGAGAAGACAUGUCAACAGUGUGCAUCACUUUCACAGGCUUUUAUGUAGAGUGUUUCUACUGCAGUCAGCUCACACAACAUGUGUUAGACUACUAUACAUACACACUAGACAUGCUGCACAGUGUGUUUGUGGUGAAUGUAUACACGAUGAAAACGAAUGCGUGUUCAGAAACGUUCCAUGUUGGAUUUAAUUGAAAUUGUAAUGCAAACUGUUGACGUCACUGUUUUGAGAGCUAGCACUGCUUUAUAUUAAAGUUCAGACCGGGUCUGGUCAUUUCUUCA